UAGGCUAUUCGGAGUGACACUGUUUUGCUUAUGCCUUUGUCAACAAAAAGAGGUUUUUUUGUAUUGAUUUAGAAACAAUGGGAAACUCAGGUCUAAAGCAGCAUCUGGAAAAUUCUAGUAAGACUGGCGUAUUUCAACUUAAAGAUGCCAACCUUUCAGAGUUACCCCCGGAACUCCUUCAAAUUGCUCAAACACUAAGAACUCUAGAUCUGUCGGGAAACAAAAUCGAACAAUUAUCUCCCAGGAUAAGCUCAUUCAACAUGCUAAAACAUCUGACCCUCAACAAAAAUAGGCUCGGUUCCCUCCCACCUGAACUAGGCCAGCUCAGUAAAAUUGAAACACUUAUAUUGAGUUCCAACAGACUAACCACCAUUCCAUCCACUUUGUCAAAAUUAAGAAAUUUGAAGCUAGUCAAUCUGAGUGACAAUCGCCUGACAAACUUUCCUCUAGAAUUCUGUGAUAUGAAACACUUGGACGUGCUUGACCUAUCAAUGAACAAAAUGACGGAAGUUCCAGCAGGUGUGGGAAAAUUGCAAGUGGUUGAACUAAACCUUAACCAGAACCAAAUCCAGUCAAUGUCUGAUGAAUUAGCCCAGUGUCCAAGACUAAAGACUUUACGCCUAGAAGAAAACUGCCUACCAAUGAUUUCUCCCACAAUUCUUAAAGAUUCAUCAAUUUCCCUGUUGGCUGUUGAGGGCAACUUAUUUGAGAGUAAAGACUUUAUGAAAGCAGACGGCUACACACAGUACAUGGAGCGGUAUACGGCAACAAAGAAAAAAAUGUACUGAAAUUGCAUUUCCUACCGUAACGUUGAGUUUGGCGAAUGUCCCAUCCACCAAGAAAUAUUCUUUCACUUGCUUGUGUUUGAUUUGAUGUUAAAUCUUGUCUGUUUAUCCAUUUUACACGUGAUGAAAUCGCA